CGGAGUGAAAAGCAAUGGAAGAGAAGAAAGUGCAAUCACUUGACGAUAUUCAGACGCUGGGUUGGUAUACGGCAUAUAUUUGCGUGUUGGCUGAGAUUAUGUUCCUCACACAAGUUGGCAAUGUCAACUACAUGGUUUAUGCAGGUGCUUCAUAAACCCAGAUUAUAUUCAACUAGAAAAAAUUUACUGAUAAUCUUCGUGUUCCUAUUGGAGAAUCUGCCCAAAAAACAUCGAAUGUGGAUCAACGCUGUGAUUUCGUGGUCACCAAAUUUCGCACUGUUCGCUAUCAUAGCAUAUUUGUCCGGAAAUUGGCGUAUUCUUGCAAGAGCCACUAGUACGAUAACAGUGCCGGCAAUUUUGUUAUCUCUAUUCAUUUACGAAUCCCCGCGUUGGCUCAUUCAGAAACGCCGAAUGAAUGAGGCGAGUGAAGUACUCAAAAAGAUCAUCAUGUUCAAUGGUGAUCGACACAUUUCCAACGAAAACAUUUCAACAGUGAUUUCGAAUGAAAAUGCAUCCAUUGCAGUAUCGGGGAGGAAAGAGAAUUUUUAUGUGUAUCACCUUUUCUGUACGAAACGACUCAUACUCUACACAUUUGUCUUCUCAUUCAGUUACGCUUCAACAAGCAUCAUAAACUACGGUAUAUUUUUCAACAUGGGCAAACUACCGGGUUCUGUAUAUGCGAACAAUAUCUUCAUUGGACUCACAAGUGAUUUGAGGUGGGUUAUCAACGCGUCGGUUGGAUUCGUUGACUAUAAAGUGAAAUGGUUCGGACGAAAAAUGCUUCACACUUUAUCGUUGCUGAGCAUUCUGCUCGCAGUGAUCACAGUGUUCAUGCUCACACAAUUCGAGAAGAGUAAACUUUCAGAGAUGUUCGAGCAAUACGCAACAUUGAUUCGUGUGUCAGUGCUAUCGAUUUCGAUAAUGUCAAGUCACUUGUACAUAGGCAAUAACGUCUCAACCAACGAGCUAUACCCGACCCCAAUCCGAAACGUCGCAUUCUCAUUCAUGCAAGUCGUGAAUCGAAUCGGUGUUGCAAUAGCACCACAACUAUUUGUUUUAGUUUGUAUUUAUCAUUUCAAUAUCGCUGCUUACCGUAUUCUUCAGACAGCUGACUUCUGGACAGCAGCACCGUAUUUUGCGAUGUUUCUGUUGGCUGGAACAGAUCUUUUGUUGUGUCAGUUGUUGAUACCGGAAUCAAAAGGACGGACGCUUGAGGACAGCAUGCCGUCGUCAAAACGAAGGCUGUUUUCUUCGAAGAAUGCUGCGAACAAAGAAGAUAAUUUUAAAUACACUCAGCCAGAGUUCAGACUUUACAGGGAUCGAUUGCAUCAAAGAGGGCGACUGCAUCACCCACUGUUACGAUUCUAUUGCACGCUCCGUGGUUUCACGACUUUCGAGGAACUACCUUGA